UCAAUAAAAAAAUAAUAGAAGAAGGCCAAUUCGAACAACGAACGCAAUGCAUAGUCUCUCGUGGUUUCUGCUCGUCAUUGGAUUGUCCGUAGGGUUGAGUAACGCAAAGUGGAAUGAGAAAAACGCUGUCUUCUUUAAGAAUUCUCUUGGUCGGAACAAAGUCUUGAAAGUAAAUUGCAUAUCAAAUGACGACAAUCUAGGCUUCCACUUUUUGCGUCCUGGAGAAACCUACGAUUUUAGUUUCCACGAUAGUCUUUUCAAAUCAGAAUUCUAUUGUGACCUAUGGCAAGGCCCUGAUUUCAAGUUGCAUGCAUCAUUUAUGGCAUAUGAAGGUGGUGGUUUCAUAGUUCAUUAUGGUAAAAAGAACUUUUGGGAUGCUAGAGAAGACGGGAUCUAUUUCACCCAUGGCCAAAAAAUGCCCAAGUUAGAGUAUAAGUGGAAAUAAUAAUUAACCACUCAAAAAAAGAUGGAAUUUAACUCAUCUUUUUGUUUUAUUUAGGUGGGCUGCCUGUAGCAAUACAUCCUUACUAUAGCCGUUCAAUUCAUAUUGUAUAUCUUGCUCUUUCAACUUUUAUAUGUAAAUGUAUCUUAUUAUAUUCCCUCCGUUUCAAAAUGUAAGAUAUUUUGACAUUUUUUUUUUUCAAAAUGUAAGACGUUUUGUUAUCCCAAUGUAAAAUAAUAAUAAAAGAAUUCAAAAGCAA